AUUCAAUAACUCGCUCUUCUGUUGUAUUACUUCACGAUACAGAAACAGAAAGCUUGAUCUUAAAUCACAAGCUCGAACAAUGGUUAAUUCUAUUUGGUGCGUUGCUCGAGAAGGACGUACAUUCUGAAAGCACAUAUUCAAAUCUCAAACAUAAAUUGUUCAUUUUCACUGCAACGAAUCGAAUUAAAUUCCAAACUCUUUUCGAUUCUCCAUCCGACAAAAUGAUGGCAAAAUACUUUUGGGGGCUGCUAUUUUCAAUUUUAUUUGAAAUUAAUGCAGUCGCUUCAUUGGGUUAUAUGUUCCCAGUGGGCAAUAUCGUACGAAGAGAAGGCGAAACUAUUGAAAUUAAUUGUACGUUAACCUCAUCCAAUCAUACGAUUGAUGAUUUGAAAUUUAUUUUCGAUAAACCAGGUGUCCGGCAUGAAAUUAUCACAUUGGGCCAUAAUACAAAAAUGUUUCGAAUUAAUAAUGCACCGAUAAUGGAAGCAUACGUUGAUUGUCUGGCGGGUCUUUCAGGCAUUAAUCGAGUGACAAUUAAUGUUGGCACGGCACCAGAAAAAGUCAUUGAUUUCAAAUGUAGAUCAUACAAUUGGGAAAAUUUAACGUGCAGCUUUGAAAAACCAUACAAUCCAGUGCCCGUAGACUACACUCUAUACUAUGGUAUUGGAAUUGAAACUGGCAAGCCCACUUUUCAGACACCGACACAUUCGUGCCGUUUAGGUAUAAACUAUCAUCGACAAUUUACAUGUGCAAUUACAUUUGAAAAUGAGCCGCCCUAUCGUCAAUCCUAUGACUAUUACUAUUUUCGACUGAUCGGAGUAAAUCGCAUUGGAAAUUUCACCGAAGAUUUUACAAUUUAUCACUACAACAUGCUGGUACCGAAUCCACCGGAAAACUUAAGUGAAACAAAUAUUACAUCAAAUUCUGUAAUUUUGAAUUGGAAAUUACCAGCGCUAUUACAGAACUUUCCAAAACAAUUUGUAUAUAGAAUCAAUUAUACAAACGAGUAUCAGAAAGAUCAAUGGAUUGAAUUGGGGCCGUUUAAAGAACCACGUAAAAAUGAACGCGAAGAGCACAAUAUUCAUAUGUCACAUGCAUUAACCAAUUUACCAUAUGCCGAUACAUGGUACGAUUAUCGUAUAUCAUUUAAAGUCGACGAUGCUGAAGACAUACCGGAAAUGUGGUCAAAUUCUCAUAUUGGUCAUAUAUUUAAAACGGAAUCACGAAUUCCGGAUAAACCGCCACUCACCGACAUCGGUUCAUUUAGUUUAACGGCCAGCGGUCAUGUGUUCGUUUAUUGGAAAGAACUAUCGGAAUCGGAACACAACGGUCCGAAUUUGAAAUAUAUUAUAAUUGAUGCAAAUAAUACGACAUAUGUAUCAACUCGUUCGUUGGCCAAACUUGAGCAUCUCGAUGCAAAUGGUAUGAAAAAACCAUUAAAUUUCCAUAUUCAUAGUAAAAACAAUGUGGGCCGUUCAAAAAUGUACAGUAGCGUAUACGUACCACCUGUACAAGAUCGAUGCAAACCGCCGACGCUGAUCAAAAAAAUUCGAUUGGAUGCUCAAACGUAUAAUAUUUCGUGGAUGGCACCGAUUGAUGGUCCAAAUAUAACCAGCUACACGAUAUUCUGGUGUGAACCGAACAAUGAAUCGCCAAAUGAUUGCAAAGGUUCAAUUGAUUUCGAACGAAUUGGCAGUGAUGUAUUGAGUUAUCGUCUCGAAACGAAUAAUUCAAUGAACUUUGCCAUCUCGGCCAAUUCGAAUACAUCAAGUUCAGGCAUGAUAUGGGCAAUGUGCACCGUUUUACCGGGCAAUGAAAUUAAUAAAUUAACUUCAAUUAUAACGGUUAAAGUGUUGGCCACAUCAAUCGAAUUCAAAUGGAACCUUGCUUGUAUCGAUCGAACCAUUUUGACCGGUUACAUUUUGGAAUAUUGCCCAAUAAAAGAUCCAAAAACCGGUGAAUGCCGAGAAGCGGCAAAAACGGUCAACAUUACGGCUGAAGCAAAAGAAUACAAAUUGGAAAAAUUGCAACCGUACACAACGUACAGUGUACGCAUUCAAAUGUUAUCUGAAUCUUCAAAAGGUCCAUGGAGUGAACCACAAGUAAAUACCACACUUGAAGCAGCACCAACACCACCACGAAAUUUACGUGCACGUAAUAUCACAAAUUCAUCCGUUGAAUUGACAUGGGAACAACCAGAGGUAUUGAAUGGUGUUAUAAAUCGCUAUACAGUUUCAUGUAAUGGUAAAAAAUUCACGGUUAACAAGAAUGAUGGAACACAACAACCAUAUUUAUUAACCGAUUUAGAUAGUUUCACCGAAUAUGAGGUGGUAGUUAAUGCAUGUACCACGCAUUGUUCGGAUCCAAGUAAUGCCAUCACGUUCAAUACAACAAUCGGUCGACCGGGAAUCAUUCAUCAGCCAAAAGUGAUAAAUAAUGAAUUGCGUUGGGAAGCGCCAGCGGUGAAAGGUGGACGUUUGGAUUAUUAUGAACUGCAAGUAGUUUAUACGAAUAACGAUCGACAGGAGCGAGUAAUUAAAAUAAAUGGCACCAAAUGUAAAUUUACCGAUGACAUUCGAAAUAUUUUGGUUGGUAAAUUAGAUUUUUCGGUUCGUGCUGUGAAUGUAUUGCAUUCAUCACAUUAUAAAGGUCCAAUUAAUCAACGAAACCGACGUGAUAUUGCACAAACAUAUAUUGACGUUGAAUCCGAUCGUUCGAAGGAUCAAAGUUAUUUAUUGAAACGACAUUCAAAUCCAGAAAUUGACACCGAAUAUGGAAAUCACAUAUUCAAUCAUAAUUCGAAUGUAAAAAUUGAAAAGGUCCACAAAUCAAUUGAAAAUGAAUUUGAAACAAAUGACGGCACUUAUAAGAAUCAUAAUGAUGUAUUCAAUGUGGAUUUAAAUCGAAUUAAAAUUUGCGAAGAAGAGAACGAUCUACAAUUAUUUGACAAAUGGCCAACAUUAUUCCAUGGACCAUUUUCGGUAUCAUACACAUUGCAAUUUAAUAUGAAUUCAAAAUCAAGCGGCUACUACUUUAUGCUUGUAUUUUUGUUUAUAAUUACCAUGGCCUUUGUGUAUGGUACAUUUUUUGCAAUGAAAAAAUUGAAACGAAUGAAAGACAUUAGCGUCGAGCUACCGGAAGGUUUGGAAGAUAUCAAAGAGGAAAGCAAAUCCAAACAUUUGGAAGGUUCUGGUGGCAUUACACGUGAAGAAUUGGGACGAACCAUUGAUUAUGUGACAAAUGAACAUGAAAAUGAUCCAUUGGUUCGGUCUCGUAUGGAAUCGGCAAGCACCAGUAGCAGCGAAAGCAACAGCCAUUCCGAAAAUAAUGACGUUAUAGAUCAUUCCCUUGAAUAUGAACAAAAUAUCGAAAAUGACAGCGGUUCAGACAAUCAGCACAUGAACAAUAUUAAUAAAAUGUCUCUGCCAACGCCACUAAUUCCAGUACAUCAAAGCCAUGAAAUUGGAAUUAUUCAAAAUCCAUCAUUUCCAUCGCCAUUAUUACAAAUGUCAACCACACUUGAAAAUCACCAUAUGUCCGAUUCUCAUGAUAAUCAUUUCGCUCCAAGGAAGAUAGUCUCGCCAUUAAACGCGUCAAAGCCAUCGCAACUCACAUCGAAUGGUUAUGUUAAACACGAGGCCAUCAGUGGAAAGCCGGUUGCAUCGUCUGGAUAUACACCGUGGAGUGCGGUCAAUGCGAGACAAUCGACUGAACAACAAUCGGCACCAGCACACACCGAAGAGAUGAAAGUCAAAACUCCGAUCAUAACAACUGACAUACAAGGCAUAUCAGGUUAUGUGACUCACAAGCAGCUGUUGGGCCAAUUCAUGAACAAUAACAUCUAAUCGCGAAAAAAAUCAUUGAGAAAAUAAUAAUAUGAAUAAUAUUAAUAAUAAUAAUUAUAAUAACAGUAAAUAUAUUCACUUAUCCACGCAUAUGCUUGAAUGUUUACUAAUAAUUUAAUAAUUUCUUGUGAUAAUUGUACUUUUUUUAAAUUAGGAAAAUGAAAAGAUGAAUUAUGUUUUUAAGAUAUAUAAGAAAAUAAACAAACAAGAUGAGUUGAAAUGAUGGAUCAAGUUAGAUAGAAUUGACACAAUGAUUUUAUAAAAUGUGGGUUGUCUGUGAACAACAUGAAGAACAAAUGCUCCGAAAUCAACAACAAAUACAACAACAGAAAGGACCGAUUAUUCACCGAAAAGUGACAACAGCUUACAAAGCGAAAUUUAUUGAAAUUAACGUUGUAAGGAAUGAGAAGCGAUAUCAGUUUCGUGAUAUAUAUUAUUACAAUAAGAACGAAGAAAAGUAUUGUAUAUAUAAGGUAAGAUUAAAUUGUUUGUAUGAUUUGCAAAAUUUGAAUUGCAUAAAUUUGUGUUUAAAAAAAGAUCGUGCAUAUUUUACUACAAACAAUAUAAUCUUGUCUUUGGAACGGCAAAUAAUAUUAUCAAAAUGUAUUUGUGUAAUUAAAUCACAACGUUACCCCAAUAAACGUCAUGAAAAGCA